GUUGUGAACACUUGGGUACCACAUCAUCUGUUGUGCAAUUAUACUCAUCUAGUAAAGUUCUGCAGCACUGUUUAAUUCCCAGGAUUCUCUGAUACGGUAAUCAGACUAGGGUGAGUCUUCUAGAGAUUCUCCUAAAGAAGUUCAGCAAGCUGCCAAGACUGAGGUGAAGCAUAAGGAAAUGCCUCACGGUAAACAACAUGAAAAUACAGGAAACAGGGAGGACAUUACUUACAGGGAGAUGAAGAGGACUAAAUCACCACAGAAGCGAAAAAUGCCUAAAGUCAAGCAGAUCCCUGUAAUGCUAAGUGAAGAUCAGGCAAGCUGUGCAGAACUGACAUCCUGCAGAAUGUCUCAGCUCCUGCCCCCAAAAAGGGUUGUCAGAGGAAAAAGACAAGGACCCAAAACAACAGUAUGGAGAAUGGUAACAGGCAUCCUUGGAGCCUUGUGUGUGGUGCUGAUGAUAACCACAAGGAUCUUACUUCCAAAAUUAUUAUCUAGACAAGAAGAACAAUGCAGAAAAUGCUUGCUUCAUGAUCAUCUGUGUCCUAAGGAGGAUACUGACACCUGUGAUCUUUGUUCACAAAACUGGAUUGCUUUUGGAAACAAUUUCUAUCAAGUUUUUCGUGAAAUCAAAACCUGGGCAGACAGUCAGUCUUCCUGUAAGGAACUGAAGUCUCAUCUUGUGGAGAUAGACUCCAAAGCAGAGCUGGAAAACUUGCUAGUGUUUGGAAUUGAUGGGUGGAUUCUGCUCAAAACCAAUGAAAUUGAUGAGUCCUGGUUGUGGGAAAAUGGCACUAAAAUAGAGCAAAUUCUAAUCAAUGAUUCAGAGAAGAAGAAUCAUAGUUGUCCUUAUUUCAGUGGAAAUCGAUUUUAUCCUACUGAUUGUUCAUCUAAGAAAUCAUACACCUGUGAGUUUAAUAUACCAUGACACCUAUUUCACUAGCACAUUUUUAUUAAACUAUAAAUGAUAAAAUAUGUCUGACACUUAUUGGUAAUCUACAAAUUUUACACCUGAGCUUAGCUAAAAGGCUAAUAAGUGAUGACUUUUAAAUUUUGAACAUUUUUUACUGUACUGAGAAAAUGUUGACUACUUUUUUACUUUAUAUAUUGUAUUGAGAGUGAGUAUAAUUUAUCUUGAGGGUGAUCACCACUCUGGCACAAUUUUUAUAGUUAUGAAUAAAUUAGGUAGGAAAUACCAUACAUAUUCAGUACCUUUACAUAAUCCAAGAGACUCAAAGUGAUGAAAGGUUCCCAUAUCAGUUGAGUGGACUUUUUAAAAGUUAUUUGUGUAUUAUUCUUGUAUAAGCAGCAGGAGGUACCACAGUGUACCUGCGAAGGUCAGAGGACAACUUGGUGGAACUGGUUCUUCCCUUUCUCUUUUAUGUGCAUCCCAGGAAUCAACCCAGGUCCCUAGGCUUGCAUGGCAAGUGCGACAACUCAGUGAGAUAUAUUGCUGCUUAUUCUGUUGUUGUUUUGUUUAUGGAGUAUUCUUGCACUAUGUUGUUCAACCUAGUCUGAUUUCCCAGGGAUCAAACUAUUUACUUGUCUUAGUGUACCUUGUAGAUAUAACAGAGAUGUAGCCUACCUCAUCCAAUAUAAGAUCCCUAAGCAGCAUACACCUUUUGAGAUGGUUCAAGAUAUGUAUUGAUGAUUCUGCUUAAUAUAACAAGAACAUAGUUAAAGGAAAAAAUAAUAACUAACAAAUGCAACUCAGGUUGAAAAGUUAAGAAGCUCAGAGUCUGGAGCUAGAGGGUUGACCCAGAGAUUAAGAGUGCAUACUGUUACUUUGGGGGCCACAUUUUCAAUUCUCUGCAGCCACAUGCAUCUCACAGCUGUCUGUAACUUUAGAUCCACUGGAUCAGAUGUCUUCUCAUCUCCCUGGCUCAUGCAUGCACAUGAUACACAUACAAACUCACAUAUGCGUUCACAGAUAUAUUGAAGUCACCAAUGCAACACAAUAUGGUCCUGACUCCAUUUUGAGUUUAUCUGUCUACACACCAACAACAUCUACCUUAAAAAAACAAUUGAGGUUUCCAUGGUCUAGAUGUAUUAACCAAAAUAAUUAAUGUUUAUACGAAUGUAACAUAAGUUAAAAUAACUGAAGAAGGUAUGAUGCAAAUGUAACUGUCAUCCUGUGUCUAACAUAAUUACUCUUCCAGAAAUGAACAUUUCAAGGAUACUCUGACUCUCAUCUAACAUUGAUGUAAAUUAUAGUCUUUGUGCUCUUUGCCUUUAAAAAAGCUGUAUCCCUGAAUUUCAGCUUCAAUAGAUGUGGACUUAUAAGCCUGUUCUUUUUUGUCAGCUAAUAAAGGACUCAUAUUUUUUA